AUGGAACAAGCCAACAAUACCAGGAUAACAUAUUUUAUUGUUAAAGGUAUCUCAGAUGUCCCAGAGUUGCAGGUUCCAAUCUUUCUUCUUGUCCUGCUGAUUUAUCUCACCACACUUGCGUUUAAUGUGACCAUUCUUCUACUGGUCUGCAUGGAUCACCGUCUCCACACUCCCAUGUACUUUUUCCUGAAUAAUUUGUCUAUCCUGGAUAUCUGUUGUUCCACUAUUAGUCUCCAUAAAGUUCUUAUUACAUUUAUUCUAGGAGAUAAAACAGUUUCAUUUUUUAGCUGCUUUAUGCAAGUUUUUUUAUUUUUAUCUUUUACUUGUGAUGAGCUACUAAUUCUGACAGCUAUGAGCUAUGAUCGCUAUGUAGCCAUCUGCAAUCCUUUGCGUUACCAUGCGGUUAUGAACUAUAAGAUGUGUUCUCUUUUGGCCUGUGUCUGUUGGGUGUUGGGAUUUAUGGAUAUCCUGCCAUGUCUUUUGGAAGUAUUAUCCUUUACAUGCUACACAUCGAUGGAAAUCAAUCAUUUCUUUUGUGACCUUCUGCCGAUUAUUAAACUUUCUUGUAAUGACACCACAACUCUGGAACUUUACAUAAUUAUUGAAGGGGUUUUCCUUGCUACCUUUACCCCAUUAAUGCUGACUAUUAUUUCAUACAUUUAUAUUAUUGCCACCAUACUGAGGAUCCAGUCAGCCACAGGAAGACGUAAGGCCUUCUACACGUGUUCCUCACACCUCACAGUCGUUACCCUUCUUUAUGCCACUCUGUCUUACCAAUAUUUUCGACCGCCUGCUCUUGUCACUUUGAGCUCCAAUAAGCUUACCUCACUGUUUAACACAGCUGUUGUCCCCAUACUGAACCCAGUGAUCUAUAGCUUGAAAAAUAAAGAUGUCAUUUCAGCAUACAAACGGUUUUCAAGUUAUUUUAAAACAAAAUGGCAAAAGUGCAUUUGA